CCGCCCAUGGCUGUUUAGCGCCGGCUGUCGUACAAUCAGUGUCGGGCUGUACAAAGUUAGAGGUCGAAGUGGGGCCACCCGUGAAUUUUCCGGGCCUAUUCUAGGCGGUUUGCUACCGUCUGUACAGACACUCCCUUUCUGAACGGUUGCAGGUUGUAAUAGGUGGAAGGAAUAUGGCAGUAGCGGGUCUGAGAGCGAGUUAUCACCGAAUAUUGGAUAAAAUCGGGAUGAUGCUUCCUCCCAAGAUGAAGCCGUUUUAUGAUCACCCAGCAGGUCCUCGCACAGUGUUUUUCUGGGCACCAAUUAUGAAAUGGAGUUUGGUCAUUGCAGGAUUAGCUGACUUGGCCAGGCCUCCAAACAAACUUAGUCCAGCUCAGUCAGGAGUCCUUUGUGCUACAGGUUUGAUUUGGUCCAGAUAUUCCCUUGUGAUUAUUCCGAAGAACUGGAGUUUGUUUGCUGUAAACUUCUUUUUGGGUUGUGCGGGUGCUGUACAGCUAAUCCGUAUUGCAAAGUACAACUACAGUUUAAAGUCUGAGGACAAACAUCCUGAGUAAACUCCAGCAACUUACAAGACACCAAGAAAUCAUCUAGUCUUUAUUUUCAAUGUGCCUUGUAAAUGAUUCGAGGUGACUGAUAAUAUAUUAACUGGCCUCAAAGAUUUUGUAGUGGAGUUUCUGUUACAUAUAAUGUUUGUAAAUAUGUUCUUCCACUCCCAAUAAAUUUUACAGUGGUA